CGACACGUACGGUACCGUACCAGGUAGUACGUACGGGAUUGCUCCGAAGCCCUCCGCGGUUCUUCGAUUUGCGAAACAGAAACCCGGACCGGCGCCGCGACGGGAGGAAUGAAUGAAACAAUCAGAACCACCCUGCCCGUUUUUCUCAAACACAAGCUCGAUCGUUGCCUUGCGUUCGACACGACACGACACACCUUUGCCCCAACACCCCGGCACCGCAGCAUUCCGCACUGCACCGCACCGCACCGGAAUGGAUCGAAAGGUGGCCUCCGCUUCGAAACGCGGCUUUCGCGGCUGCUCCAGCGACAGCGACAGCGACGACACGGCGGAGCUGCUCUUCCGGCUGAAGAACCCGUUCGGGAGGCAAACCGCCCGGGAGGCGGAUCCCGCGCCGCUGGAAAAGGUGGAAUUCCGAGCGGACACCGAAACGGGUGCCGAAACGGAAACCAAAUCCGAAGCAUACACAAACCCCCCCUGGCGGGAACCAGAACGCCGCGAUCGGAGCCCUGGUCACGCCGAAUCCAUGCCCCCUCACCGGGACGCCCGCAAUGCCCACGGCGGGACGGAAGCGGAAGCAGAAGCAGCAUCAGCAACAUCUGCAACAUUUGAAACGGCAUCGACAACAGCAAUAGCAACAGCAAAGACCCGGGACCCGUCCCUUGCGGGAAUCCCCGUGCGCUUCCAGCUCCCCCUUCAAACACUGUCUUCCUCGUCGUCUUCCUUUUCCUCCGAGGAGGAACCCCCUCGGCACCGGACCGGCGGCAAAACAACAUCCGGGGGGCGUACGUCCCCCAGCCAUGCUCCGUGCAUCGAUCUGGUCGAUUCCGAGGACACCGGCAGCGAGGGAGAAGCGGCAGUGGCAGGAGCAGCAGCAGCAGCUACCGCAGGGAGGCGGGUUCGGAACCGCACGCAGCGGUUUCGAUCCUUUGGGGCAGCCGCAGCAUCAUCCACAACCAAAACGACAACAGCAACAACAGCAGCAACAACAGCAGCAACAACAGCAACAGUAGCAACAACAGCAGCAACAGCAACAACAACACCCGCCAACCGGGUCUACGAAAACGAGGCGUCCUCCCGCCGCGGACCAAAGAGCCCGUGGUUCAACACCGUGUCCCGGGACUUUGUGCGGCGCAAGCGGUCCCCGAGGAAAAAAAGAUCGCAAGCUUGCGCGGUCCGCUCCCGCGGCGAGGACGAGGACGACCCCAUCGUCUUUGGAGACGACGACGACGAUGACAGCGACGACGAGCACGGGGGCUUCCGGACCCGCUUCGCCGGUUCUCGAUCGAACCGCUCCCGGAGGGUGACCCUGGACCGCAGCGAGAGCCACGGAAGGGUCGAAGACGGCGGCGACGAUCCGAUCGUCGUCUUUGGAGACGACGACGGCGACGGCGCAAUGGGGUUCCACACCGGGUUCCCCCGAUCGGCACCGGCGACGACGCGCCGGCUGAGGGACCCCAUGGCCGGCAACAAAAGCCUAGCGGCCUCGGUGGUCCAGAGGCACCGGCCCGGGCUGGCGGAGGGGGCCCGGGAGAGGGCCCGGAUCGCCAGGGCCAUCGAGUCGGACCGGGGGGACCUCCGGGGGCACGCCGCCGCCGCCGUGGCGCUGGUCCGGGAUCCGUCGAAACCAGCGGCAGCGACAGCGACAACGACAGCGGCCCCCCUCGAACCGGCCGGGUCCUCCGCGAGCCGGGGGAGGGCGGGGGCCGGGCCGGGGGCGAAGCGCGGGAGCUCCGCUUCCAGGCGGAAGGGCCCGUCGUCGAAGUCAAAGGCCCGCGGGAGGAAGCGCUCCAGAGGAACACGGGGGAGAAAGGGCCGGUCCGGAGGGCGCCGGGGAAGCGGCGGGGGCGGGAACGACUGCGGGGCCUGGGGCAGGCCCUCCACCGGUGGAUGGGCCUCCGCCCGGCCGGCCAAGAACCGCGAGGACCCCGCCUUUCGGAGCGUCGGGGCGGAGGUGACCUUCUGAGCCGAAACCACGGGGCUUGGCCGGCCGGCCGGACGCGACGAACGAAGCCGGACGCAGCUUUGCCAC